UUAACUGUGACCCAACGUCUUAUUAUAUAUAAUAAAAGCAUUUUCUUUAUUAUUUUUUUUACUUUUUUUUUUUUUUUUUACAGUUCUAACAUUAAAGAAAGCACCAUAAGAGGUUAAGUCACUCCCAUUCAUCAGUCAGUUUCACUUUCAGAGUAAAUGAAAGUAAGAGAGUGUUGUGAGCAACAUGGCGCAGAGCUGCAAAGAGCCUCAUCCUUUAUCCUGCUCCAUAUGUCUGGAUAUACUGAAGAGCCCUGUGACCCUGCACUGUGGCCACAGCUACUGUAUGGACUGUGUGAACGGCUACUGGGACCUGGAGGACUGCAGAGGUGUUUACAGCUGCCCCCAGUGUAGACACACUUUCAGAACCAGACCUGUGUUGAACAAGAACACCGUGCUGGCUGAUCUGGCAGGAGAAAUGUCAGUGGCUUCUCCUGACAGGCAUGAAGUCGGCCCCGGGGACGUGGAGUGUGAUUUCUGCACUGUGAGGAAGCUGAAAGCCGUCAAGUCCUGCCUGGUGUGUCUGGCUUCUUACUGUGCUACUCACCUGCAGCCUCACUACGAGUCUGCUGCUUUCAAAAGGCACAAGCUGGUGGAAGUCUCUGCCUCCAUGCAAGACAAGAUCUGCCCCAAGCACGACAAGCUGCUGGAGGUGUACUGUCGCAGCGACGGCCAGUGCAUCUGUCUGCUUUGUGUGAUGGACGAGCACAAAGGUCAUGAAACUGUCUCGGCUGCAGCGGAGAGGAAGGAGAAACAAAAACAAUUUGGGAAGAAGAAGCAAAGAUACCAGCAGGGAACUCAGGCGAAAGAAAAGCAGCUGCGGCAGCUGAGACAGAAAGUGAAAGAACUGCGUGGUUCUGGGGACACAGCGGUCGACCAAAAUGAAAAGGCCUACGCUGAAAUCGUCCUGAUGGCGGACAAAAGGCGUUGUGCUGUGAACGAGCUGAUCAGAGUUCAGGAGAAAGCUGCGGUGAGCCGAGCCGAGGCUCUCAUGGAUCGUCUCGAGAGGGAGAUUUCUGAGAUGAGGAAGGCGGAGGAUGAACUCAAGCAGCUGUCGCUCACUGAGGAUCACAUUCAUUUCUUGCAGAGCUGCCAGUCCAUUUUUGACUCUCCAGAAUCUGACGUGUCCUCUGAUGACAACAUCGAUCUCCACGGUUCUUUUGACUUUGUGACAAAGGCCAUUUCUGAUUUAAGAGGAAAAAUGGAAAACAUUGCAAAAGCUAUCGCAGAACUAUCUGAAGAGAUUCAAGCUGAUCCUGAUCCGAAGACAAGACAGGAGUUCUCCCUCUAUUCAUGCCAGCUCCGGUUGGAUCGCAACACGGCCUUUGAAAACAUACUGCUCUCUGAGGAAAACAGCAAGGUAACCUGGGUCAGAAAAGCCCAGAUGUAUCCAGACCACCCGGAGAGAUUUACCGAUUAUGAACAAGUGUUGUGCAGCGAAGGUUUAACUGGAGUUUGCUACUGGGAGGUGGAAUGGCAGGGGCCCCGGGUGGAGGUCGCUGUGUGCUAUAAGGGGGCAGAGCUGGUGAAAAGUGCCUUUGGAUUCACAGACCAGUCCUGGUGUCUUUCCCUCUCAAAAUCUGGUUGCACCUUUUGGCACGAUUCAGUCAAGGUCAAAACAUCUGUCCCCUGCUCCUCUACUGUCGGAGUGUAUCUGAACCAUAAGGCGGGACGUCUGUCUUUCUACAGCGUGUCCUCUUCUGGUCAGAUGAUGCUCCUCCACGGAGUUCAGACGGGCUUCUCCCAGCCUCUGUAUCCUGGGUUCACAGUCUCCAAGGGGAGCUGGGUUAGGAUAGUUACACCGAAGUAAAGAGCAUCCGCUGUUUAGUCUUUGUGUUUGUCUUACCCACCAGUGCUGCUACAGAGGUGUUAUCUGUUGAUCAUCGCUCAUAAUACUUACAGCUUGAUUAUAUUCCUUAAAAAUGCUGAAUAAUGAGCAUGUUUUUCAUCAUGUAAUGAAUCAAUUUCAACUGUAAACUCAGCAUUUUGUUGCUCGUUGUGACCGUUAAAGUGUUCCUAACUAACAGAGGUCACAUUCUGCUCGCUCAGUGUUACUAACAUUUAUGCAAUCUUAAAACAUUCAGUGUCUGUGAAAUGUUUCAUUUUAUUCUCUCGUGUAAUGGUUAAACGAAAGCACUGUGCGUUGUUGAUAAGUUUUGCUUUGUUACUAAAAAGUUCUAUUUUUUCCUACAAUAAAAAUAUGUGUUGACUGAA